GUAAUUCUACUCUCUUACUUUAUCUGUCUUUUUUUUUUUAUUUAAUUUAUUUUGACCCUUCUUUCUCCCAUUCACUUUAUUUCGAGCGCAAGUUUAAGUCUGCCUGGAUUUUAAAGAAAAUCAAGUUUAGUCUCUCAAGUAAAUUACCGAACAACUUAAAUUGAAUGUUAAAAUAAUAUCUCCGGACAGUUGUAGAUUCCAUUUGUGGAGUUUUAUUUUAUUUGUUGGAUUUUGUGGCGUAUAUUGUUAAUGUUCCGGCCGACUAAUGGAUUGUUGUUUUUUGCACUUUUAUGCUGUAUCAAGAGAUGUGAGGAAUGAUCACGUGGGUGAUGGUCGGACUGCUUCUGGCUGCGGAAACACACGGGAGAAAUUUUUUGUCCGACGCCGACGACACUAACGAUCAAAUUCUGGUUAAAUUAAACGGAGUUAAGAGAACUGCGGGGACUAAUGGAGAAGAUACUUAUCGUCUCACAUGCUACACCUGUGUCAACGUCAGCGACAAUCAGAUGUGCAACACAUGGGCGAUCGACACCCCCUGCCCGCCGGAUGGAAAAGACUUCUGCAGGUCACUCCACAUACUCGACAGUCGGGGCAACAGUGUGUUGGUGAGCAAAAGCUGUGCCAGUAGUGCAGAAUGCGGUCCAGCAUCAGUCGGUUGCGUACCGAUCGAUACUCAGAAGAUAUGUAUAAGCUGUUGCGACGUAAGUUACUGCAAUGUAGACUCACCGACGAAUUCAAGCAACGCAAUAUACUCGCGAAAGCGUCGGAAGUCUAAGAAGCGCAAAAAGGUUGAGAAGAAUUCUUCUUCAAGAGUAUCUGCGCGUCGAUUAAUAAAGUUACUUGGCUUUUCCAUCAUAGCCACGUUGUUUUAUGCAUAUCAUUGUUAUCGAUAAAUCAAAUGUAUAUUAUUAAUUACAAUAAGAAAUCCUAUUGAUAAGUUAUUGAUUAUUUUAAAGUCUAAGUACUCGUAAUUAGCUUUAGAAUGGAUAAUUUUUAUCGUUGAUUCGGUUUAAAUUGUAGCCUUUGCCUUGUUAGAAAUUAUUCAUUGUAAUUAAUAACUUAAUUUAUUCCUACUAAUUAUCUUAAGAUAAUAAACAAUUUAAUUAACAAAUUAACAAUUUGUUGUCCGUAAAAAAUUUUAAUGUCUUUGGGCUAAA